GAUGCGCUGGAAUGAGUCAAUCAACAGAUGAUGCCGGCAGACUGCAAGUUUAGGUAACAAAUGAACACAGAAGACGCUGCACAGAAGGAGAGAUGUAGAGGAAGGGCUGAGGAAUACCCAGGAGACUUGUUAAGUAUGUAAAAAUUACUGGAAGAAUCAACAGCGGCAGGACAGAAGGACGGAAGCACUGGAUUAAAGUCAUUUUCCUCUUCUACUUGACAACAAAAAAGACAUCAAGGGCUUAAUCUCAAAGUGAAUCUCACUGUGUUGAAGGAAAUUCAGUUGUGAAAGUGCGUGGCUGGCUGUCUUCGAAAAAAGCAAUGCAAGAAGACAUAAGAAAAAUGUGACAAAUCAAGAACACAGACUCUUUGGAGAAACCGAUCCAGUUCACCUAGGAAGAGAAUACUUCCAAAAAUCCCCAACUGAGCAAAAAUAAAGUCACGGUCUGUACUAGGAGGGAGAAGAAAACCGAGAGCCUAGACUUUGUAAAAUGCCCGAACAACACACAAUCUAAGAACACGUGUCACUGGAUUCCAAAAUGAACACGUCUGCCAAUGGAUCUGUGCAACCAGUCUCUGGCACAUUGCGUUGGGCAGCUCUGCCCAUCCUAAUGGUCAUCAUACCCACCAUUGGAGGAAAUAUUCUGGUUAUACUGGCUGUAUCGCUGGAGAAAAAGCUUCAAUACGCCACCAAUUACUUCCUCAUGUCUCUGGCAGUGGCUGAUCUGCUGGUUGGAUUGUUUGUGAUGCCACUGGCCCUUUCGACGAUACUGUCUGAGACACAAUGGCCUCUUCCACGGGACUUGUGCCCUGUCUGGCUGUUUCUCGAUGUCCUCUUUUCCACGGCAUCCAUCAUGCAUCUCUGUGCUAUCUCACUGGACCGUUACAUUGCCAUCAAAAAGCCCAUCCAAGCCAGUCAGUACAACUCGCGGGCUACAACCCUCAUCAAAAUAACAGUGGUGUGGUUGAUCUCAAUAGGUAUUGCAAUCCCAAUCCCAAUCCGUGGCAUAGAAGAUAGUGGUGGGAACAGUACAGACUUCACCUGUGAGUUAAGACCUGACCAUUUUGGAGAUUUCAUCAUAUAUGGUUCAGUAGCUGCUUUCUUUGUUCCUCUGGCUAUCAUGGUAGUCACUUAUUUUCUUACCAUCCGAGUUCUGCGCAAGAAAGCUUACUUGAUCAACAAACCACCUCAGCGCCUGACCUGGAGUACGGUGUCUACAGUAUUUCAGCGGGAUGUAACACCUGGAUCAUCGCCGGAAAAAAUAGCCAUGCUGGACGGCACUAGGAGGGACAAGCCUGUAUCUAAUGGAAAUGAAGAACUGCUAAUGCGCAGGAUGUCCACAAUGGGGAAGAAAUCCGUUCAGACCAUCACCAACGAACAACGGGCUUCCAAAGUCUUGGGGAUUGUAUUCUUUCUUUUUCUGCUAAUGUGGUGCCCAUUCUUCAUAACCAAUAUCACUUCUGCUCUGUGUAAAUCCCGCUGCAACAAGGACGUCAUCCAAAUGCUCAUGGAGAUAUUUGUUUGGAUAGGGUAUGUUUCAUCAGGUGUGAAUCCACUGGUCUACACUCUUUUCAAUAAGACAUUCCGGGAGGCUUUUGGCAGGUACAUCACUUGCAAUUACCAGCCCUCAACUCUGAGGAAUCCCCUUCGGAAAUGCUCUAGCAGACUCUCAUUCAGAAACUCCGUGGCUGAGAACUCAAAGCUUUUUAUGAUGCACCACGGAAUGAGAAAUGGGAUUAACCCAGUCAUGUACCAAACCCACAGGCUUUGCAGCUCACCAAUCCAGUCUUCGUCAGCCAUCCUGUUGGAUACACUUCUACUUACAGAGAAUGAGGUGGACAAAACAGAAGAACAAGUCAGCUAUGUAUAGCUGGCUGAAAAAGACAAGCCACGGCAUAAGCCCACCGACAAAUGCUAGUAUGUGUUUGUGGUUUUCAUGUUAUUUAUACAAAUCCUAAUUAUAAUUUCAGCCAUUUGUUUCCUAUAGAAAGGGAGGCUUUUCUUGUUCCAGACCACCUCCAUAUAUAUUCCACUGUAACAGCAAUUUAACCUGUUACAAAAAACAAAAAAACCAAGUUAUCUGAGCACUGUACUUUAUAAACGGAGGAGUUCAAAUAAAUUCAGCUAUGACAAUUCUUAUGUUUCAGAUAUCAGAUUCCCCCAAACCCUCUCUUUCAAAAGCACAGUUCUUCAAGGUAAUCCCUAUUCAGCGUUGAAGGCAAAUGAAGAAACAAUCAGGACAAAUAAAAUACUUCUUCACACAAUGUGUAGUUAAACUAUAGAACUUAGUGCC